AUGAAGUUUCUAUACCCAACCCUCCAGCUACUAGCUUUGUGCUCGUCAGCCUUGGCGUCUCCUUGCAAGCCUUCCCUUUCUUCAGUCGCAUCAGCUGUGACCACGAGUACUGAAGAGCCUUCGCUUUCCACCACUCUGUCGAUGACUGUUUCCGAGAGUGCUACCACCACCGAAUCCAUCAGCGAGCCUUCAGCCCCUACAACUGAAUCGAUGACUAUAUCUGAGAUAUCUACUACCACGUCUGGCUUGCCCUCCAUUUCUACCACUUCAGCUGAGCCUUCGAAUACAACAUCGGAUCUUCCCCAGCAGCCAACCAACGUCCUCCUCAAUCCCGGGUUCGAGGACAACACUGUCGCGCCUUGGACACGAUCUGGAUCCUUCGGGGAUCCCACUCUAUCUACCUCGGAGGCCCACGGAGGUAGUCAGUCUGGUUACCUCAGUGCCUCUCUGGGAGGUCCUGCAGACAUCGGCUUCCGACAAGUUCUUGAUUCUUCUUUGAUCGAGGCAGACAAGCCGUACACGUUCUCUGUCUAUGUCAAAACGACACUUGCAUCUGGCUGCUUCGGUCAAUUUGUCUCAUGUGACUUUGGAACAGGAGCACAAGCUGGAUAUUUCAAUACUGCCAACAUUCCAGGGCCCUUGAAUGAAUGGGUAUUGGCAACAGUGACUUGCUCAUGGACUCAGGCUCGCCUAGACCUUGGGAUCAGUGUUGGUGUCAGGGGUAUAUGUCAGCGUCUGAGCUUUUUCAUUGACGAUGCUGUUUUGGUGAAGGCAGAAUAG